GGCGUCUCCUAGCAACGGCCCGGGGAAAGGCGGGGACCUGAUUGCUCCCAGGUCUCCUCCUUCUUCUCUUCUUCCUCCGCUGGCUGAAUCAAUGGGGCCGGACUCAGGAUCGCGGUCGUCGCUGCGCAAACUGAAGCCUGGAGACGCUCCAGAAAGCGCGACCUGGUAUACCUUUGCCCCCCUUGGGGAGAGCCCCUGUGCUCGUGUGGGCCACAACUGCUUGUACUUGCCUCCACUGGACUCAGGCAGUAGUAAAGGCAAAGUUGUCAUUGUAGGGGGAGCAAACCCAAACGGCAGCUUCUCUGAUGUGUACUUCAUCGAUCUUGAUAAACACAGCUGGACCUUGCCUCAUUGGGAAGGCCUCUUGCCCCGAUAUGAGCAUUCAGCCUUCAUUCCUGUAAGCCAGCCCACAAAACUUUGGGUGUUUGGAGGGGCCAACGUGUCAGGGAACAGGAAUUGCGUGCAAGUUUUGGAUUUGCAAAGUGGAACUUGGGAGAGUCCAAAAGUGACUGGCACUCCACCAUCCCCAAGGACUUACCACACAUCCUCUGCAGCAAUCGGGGAUCAGCUGUACGUAUUUGGAGGAGGUGAUAAAGGGGCAGAUCCUGUGCAAGAUCAACAACUUCAUGUGUUCGACUCAGCCACACUCACAUGGCAGCAGGCGGAAGUCCAAGGCAGUCCUCCUGCCCCUCGGCAUGGCCAUGCAGUGGUGGCUUUUGGGAGCAAGCUCUUCAUCCAUGGUGGUUUGUCUGGGGAUACCUUUUAUAGUGAUCUGUACUGCAUUGAUACAAGAGAUAUGAAAUGGGAGAUGCUGUCAACCACUGGGUCUGCCCCAGGAGGGCAGGCAGCUCACUCGGCCGCUGUUUUUCAGGGUCAUUUGUACAUCUUUGGUGGAAUGAACCCAACAGGUGCACUGGACUCAAUGUACAAAUAUCACAUAGAAAAAGGUCACUGGACACAUCUAGAGUUCAAGAGUCCUUUGCCCCCUGGGCGCCUGGACCAUUGCAUGUGCAUCAUUCCCUGGGAAGUCCCCUCCAAGAACAGAGAUCGUGAAGCUGCAGCUGGAGAAAGGACCCAUGGCCAGAAGGAAGCCCCUGAGAAGGAAAGCGGCCCCAAGGAGCACCUGUGCCUCAUCUUCGGGGGAAUGGAUAUGAGGAGGGAGCUGUACAAGGACUGUGUUGCGACUCUCCUUCAGUAAGAGAAUCAGGGGGCACUGAAACAGCACAGCUCUUAAGGCAAAGGUGUUCAAAUCUGUUGCUUCAGAUGUUCAUGGACUACAAUUCCUAUCAGCCCCUGGGCUGAAGCACCAGAGAUGGACACCCUUGCCUUAGGGACGAGGGUUUGCCCUUCAUUCCUGUGGAGUCUUCACUGACAAUCUAAAACCUUAUGGCCAACUACAAAUGUGUGUAUUCUUGUAUAUGUAUUUAUUGAGGUUCUGGUUUUAAAAGUGCUUAAAUGGACAGGGCAAGGAGAACUUAUGCAAGCACGUUGGUUUUCUUUUUUGGUGUCUUGAUAAUUUAAAUGUAUGCAAAAAUAUACAGAUCUGUACUUUUAUGUAGCUGGUAACCUUUUUCCUUCAAGAACUGGUUGCCAGUACAAGGCUGGAGGCCCAUCGGCUCAGUUCUACAUUGGAAUGUGUGCCUUCACUUAGCCACAGCUAGGGCAACAUGUUCGGCAACGUACCAGAUGCCUAGAAGGGAAAAAUGCUCCUUUUGUAGUCUUCAUAAAAGGACUCAUAGCAAGGGACCAAUUGUGAUUAAUGUGAUUUCAGAGAAACACUGCAAGACGAUCUUACCUGGCAUGCUUUAGAGAAGAAAGCAGGAGCCCUGUCGGGACAGCUGGAAGAGGUUAUCGUAUAGGGGACACAACAGGGCCCUUUCCGCACUGGCCAAUAAACUAUUUUAAGGGUGGGAUAAAACCCAGGUUGGGAGAGAACUUCGCAUGGAUCCCGCUCCUGAAGCAAGUCUGCACCACAUUCCCCCCUCCUCUCCCCAACCCAGGUUUUACCAGAAUCGCGAUGUCUGUGAUUCUUUUAAUGUGCCUCGCAGCCACGGCUAAGUGAAUGGCUGUGGCUGUGCUUUUUGUUUCGUGUCCUCCUGGCUCCCAUCUGUGGAGCCAUGCAGGCAGCAGUGCUAUCUCCAGCAAAGCUGGAGCAUGUGUGCCUGCCUGUGUAGCUGCACAUUGUGGAGGUAUUAAAGUUUUUUUAAAAAAAGCAAAGGAGAACAGCCAGCCAUGCGAAUGACCUGGGGCUAUGCUAGGCUCAUUUAUCCCAGCUGCAAUCUGCUCAGAAUUUGCUGUGCGGAAAGGGCCGGUGUAAGAGAAGUCAUCUGCAUAGAAGGCAGCCACUUCUUCCAGUGCAAGGAAAGGAAAAUGCUGGACUUCUGCCUAGUUUCUGAAUCUAUUAAAGCACUGCCACGAAACACUUGCUUUACCUCUGCCUCUGCCCUGAACGUGUUUUUUUUUCCUGAAUAUGAGGUUUUCUGAUCAGAGAACUGAAUAGGCCUUUGUAACAAGUAGGGUGAAGUACUUGUUCUGCCUUCUGCAGGUGGCUUAAUCUGAAAUCUAAAUACAUUACUUUGAACCCCAAUUAAACUUAAAUCUGAAUGCAUUA